CCCCUCACUCCCGUCCCCCUCUGACUGACUGACGACCCGCUAUGGUGCCGGAGUCUCUCCUCUCCUCAGUCAAUAUCCUAACACUGUGGGCUGAGGGUGUUGCCUUUUCCCGCUUUCCUCAUGUGAGAACCUUGUUAAGUGAAAAAGCUGUCAAGAUAAACUGUCCGGCAUGUUUCGCAGACCAGUCAGUUUGAGUUGACACCACCUACAGUAACUGUAUUUGUGUGGUGAAAUAUCCCCAUUGCCGUAAAGGUUGGUGGUUAUGUCAUCCAACUGGACAAUGACACAUCCUCGCCCAAGGUCGUUUAUUGGGUCAGCUGAACCCAGUCCACCCAGGCGACACAGCAAAGCUGUCAAGACUUCGAAUCGAGACAUGGAUGUGAGUACGGUAUUGCUGGAUUCCAUCCGUGCACGUCGUGCUCGACUCAAAGCUCUCACUGCCUCUGUCAGACUUCCUCCUCUCACCCCGUCUGAAGCCUUGGGAACUCGCCGUUCUUCAAUAUUCAGUCCGUUACCUCACAGAAACUUACCAUCAGGAGACAGACACCUGCAGCACAGACAAAAACCUGAGCUGACACAAACAGGAAGGACCUCUGCCACUUCGGUCCGUAUACACUCUGGGACCAUCCUGUUGCCCGAACUUACUCUGCCACCUAUGACGCCACACCAUGACCCAUUACCACAGAUAGGCCAAACCAAGAUGAAGUGGGAGGUGGAGGAGAAGAAGGGAGACGGCGAUGACAGCCACUUAGAUGAUGCAAAGAUAGACUCUCCACCUCCACCAACCUAUGAAGAUACACUCAAAGUAAGUCAGUGGGUGGAGAACAUACCCCCGGAGGCCAUGGUGGAGUUUUACCCAUCUCUGAAGUCUCCAGACACUCGGGAGCCCAGUCCAGACACAGCAGAAGUAGAAACCAGCGCAGCAUUAACACAAGAUAAUUCUUCCGAGUCGCCACCCAAAUCACCGGAAAAUAGCUCUGGGACAGACGUAGACGAAAACGUAGAUUAUGCCAAGAUCGUCGCAGAUAUGGGAAGCGAGAACGACGAAACCAAAUUGGAGGCCACAGUCAAAGUCCGAAAGCUUAUCUCCACUAACAGUAACCCUCCGAUUGACGAGUUUCUGGAGGCAGGCUUACUCAUUCCCACCUUGGCCAAUCUGCAGGAGAAAAACUCCACUCUGGUGUAUGAGACAGCUUGGAUCAUCACCAACAUUUCUUCAGGAAAUUCCUCACAGACCAGUGCUGUUGUAGAACAAGGGUUUAUCAAGCCCCUGGUACAGCUACUUCGGGAGGAGAGUAGUCGUGAGGUCCAGGAACAGGCGGUGUGGGCCAUCGGAAACAUAGUGGGCGAUUCUGCAGAUUGCAGGAAUGAAGUGGUAGCUGCUGGCGUCAUCAAUCCGCUGCUGUCUCUCAUUUCACCAGAUAUUCCGGUCUCCUUAACCCGUAACAUAGCCUGGGCUGUAUCCAACCUGUUCCGUAGUAAAGCCCCCAAGAUGGGAAGGGAGGAACAGUUACUCGUCCUCAAAAGCCUGAAGGAUCACCUUAUACUCCACCCUGACAUGGUUGUUCGUGUUGAUGCUCUUUGGGCCACCAGCUACUACACUGACUUGGGCAACGAGUAUAUCCAGGAUGUGUUAGAUGUUGGCCUUGUUCCUAUGCUGCUCCAAUACCUUCAGUCUGGUGAGAGGCGGGAAAUGAUACCAGCACUGAGGACCCUUGGCUCCAUCACCAGUGGUACUGAUGCUCAGACACAAGUUGUCCUGGAGGCUGGAAUCCUGCCCAUCUCCCGUACACUCCUGACCACCAACAGCCCCACAAACAUCCAGAAGGACACAGCCUGGGCUGUGUCCAAUAUCCUCGCCGGCCCUUUUGAUCAGAUACAGAUGGUGAUCGAUGCAGACCUCUUGCCUGUAAUGGUGGAGGCAAGUCAGAAGUUUGAUUUCAUUGUGAAGAAGGAGAUUAGUUGGGGAUUCUCAAACAUGACACAAGCAGGAACAAAGGAACACAUUGAGGCGUUGGUGUCUGUUGGUGGGGUGACGGUGCUGGUGGAUACGUUAUCCUCACUAGACCAGCAAGUUGUGCUGGCAGCUGCUGAAGGGAUCAAAAACAUUCUGGAGAAAUCUGACGACGUGAAUAGCAUAGCAGAGAUGAUAGAAGAGUGUAAUGGUGUGGAAUAUAUGGAGACGAACUUACAACACGAAAACCCACAAGUGUACAACCUGAUUAACGAAAUUCUUGAUACUUAUUUUAAAGUACCAAAAUCCCCCUCAGUUAUCCAGGAUGAUGAAAAUACUAUUGCUGAAGCGGAGCAGAACUUGCCUGAAAAAGCCUCUAAAUAUGUGGCUGAUAUAGUUCCUCAGUCAUUUACCAGUGGAUGAGGAGACCCCAGUAUUACAUUGCAUCCUGUGGCAGAGGGAGGGAUAAGACCUUAGAGUAUAUUGGGAAGGAAAUGCAGAAUUACUGUACACGUUGGGGUAGAAAAUUCCCCAAAUGAGAAAGAAUUGAGGAAUAAUGGAUCACAUGAAGAUUCAGUUUCAUGCUUAUUUCACCUGAAGAAUAACCACCCUAAUAUUAACCUUACCUUACCUUACCGUACCGUACCGUACCGUACCGUACCGUACCUU